AUGUCCAAACGCCUCAGACGAGAUUCAGAGCCUGAUGAGCAAUAUACGUCUCCGAUCCAUCACCUCUCGAUCCACAGCGCACAGCCACCCACCAAAUAUACAAGCUUGGAUGCUCCAACUUCGACGAGCCCAAAUACUGCCAUAACAUGUGCCCUGCCUCCCCACCCUCCCAUUAAAUUCGACACGUACAACGAGUACGAAACCCAUUACCACAAAUCACACGAUUCCAGAUGUCUAGAAUGCGCCAAAAACUUCCCUACCGACCAUUUUCUCUCUCUACACAUCGCCGAAACCCAUGAUCCUCUCAGUCGCAUCAGACGCGAGAGAGGUGAAAAAACCUAUCAUUGCUUCGUCCAAGACUGUGAAAAGGUCUGCAGUACUCCACAGAAGCGACGAAUGCAUUUGAUUGACAAGCACAUGUUUCCACGCAACUAUGAUUUUUACAUCGUACAUCAUGGCUCCGACAAUCGCACCUCACUGCUGAGACCAGAGGCAAAGACCUAUCAGAAGCAGAACAAUGCCCGAAUGAACAAAAACCAUGCUCAAGAAGACAUCACUGAACAAAACUUAUAUGCAUCCGACCUCAUGGAUACCCAAGAGAAAAAGAUCGACAACCUCGACCAAUUGACGGAGGAUGAAUCCAUGGACGUCAUGGCAAAUUCACUAGCUGCUUUCAAAUUCGUACCAAAGUCCGUCUCGUUUGGUAGAAGUCGACAACGGGGAGGCCUGUCAAAGUCCCGAUGA